CUUUACUCCAAAUCAUUCUGAUCUUCAUUGAAUGACCUUUCUCAUUUGCAAAUAACACAAUUCUGAAGUGUACAUGUCGUAACAGAUGUAAACGUUCACCAAUUUCAACACGUAACAUUGUCAAAUUCAACAGUACAUGCCUUAUAUUGGCCUUUGUAAAAGAUCACAUAUAUUUAUGGACUUAUAACCAUGUAGUCUCAUGAUGAUGAAGAUGAUGAUGUUGAUGUUAUUGCAGAAACAAUUAUUCGCUCAAAUAUUCUUCGUUUUACAUUAUUACUUAGUUUCUAAUUUAAUAAACAUUGAUUAAUAAUAUCAUAUGUUCAAAGCAUAUUAAUUGUCUAUUCACGCAAAUAUUGAUUCAUAAAGCUAAGAUAACUUUAAUAAUCUUAAUUGGUUUCUAUUAUUAUACGUAUAGUGUAGAACACGUUAAUCCGAUUUAACCAAUCUGAAUCAUACUACUGAUGACUAGUAAGACACAUAUCUGUAGGAUUAAACUAAGGCGUUCUUUAAAAAAUGGUGAUUAGCUUAUUAUAUAUAUAAAUCAGUCAUUAAUUUUAUCUAGUUCUGUAGUAGUUUAAGAUAUGGGUAUACUAUUUACUCCAGAAAAUCAUGAUCCAUAUGCUAAUAUUCCAAGCCAUAAGGCAUUUACCCGUGCGUAUCUUUCGACAGUUACUGCAGACUUUGGAUCUGGCGGUGCUCAAGGUAGAACAGGUUAUCAAAUUGGAAAAGCAAUGAGACUGAAAUCGACAUCUUGUUCAUGGAAUUCUUUCGAAGCUGAAGAAAAUGUGAAAUCAUUAUAUCAAGAGCUUAAUAACUCGCUCACUUCAGAAAAAACAUUUUUAAAUGAGAAAGAAGAAAAUGUUGUUAGAAUAUCAACAGGUAUAUUUAUACAAAAUACUUACGAAGUUGAAAGACGUUUUAACGAAAGUAUUGCAAAUGAUUUCGAAGGAGAAUUGAAACAGGUGGAUUUUUCUAAUGGAACUAGUGCUACAGUUGAUAUCAAUGAUUGGGUUGAUCAACAGUCUAAUGGUUUAUUGGAGAAAUUCUUUACAGAUGAUAUUCCAGAUGAUACUGCGAUGAUACUGGUAAAUGUUUUCUACUUUAGAGAUUUUUGGCAAAGUCCAUUUGAGCCUCAUUACACUAGAAAGGAGGAUUUUUAUAUUUCACCAGAUCGUCAAAUAACAGUUGAUAUGAUGACUCAAGAAGGAGUAAUGAAAUAUGGAAAAUUCGAAGAUGAAGGAUUUGAGAUCGUCAGUAAACCAUUAAAUAACACACGUUUCACAUUUGUUAUCGUGUUACCUCUUGAAAAGUGGUCGUUAAAUGGUGCCACAGAACUUCUGAAUGGCAAUAAAGUUUUAAGUGAAUACGUAAAGAAUUUGAAAGAAACUACAGUGUCAUUACGAUUACCGAAAUUUACAUUGAAAAAUACACUUGACCUUGUGCCAACAUUAAAGUCUAUCGGUGUUGUCGAUUUGUUUGAUCCAGUAAAAUCUGAUCUGUCAGGAAUCACACCUAAUCACAAUCUAUAUGUGAAAGAAUUUAUUCAAACAAAUGUAUUAAAAUUAAAUGAAAGUGGAAUUGAAGCAACCACUGUAACUUCACCUAUAUUUGUGCCUAUUUCAGCCAUUAUACCAGAAGUAGACUUUCAUGUAACUCAUCCAUUUAUAUGCUUUAUAUAUGAUCAACAAUUAACAAUGCCGAUAAUGGCAGCUAAAGUAAUAAAGCCAGUUUUACAAUCGUAG